AGCCGGGGGCCUGCGGGGCCCUCACAGCGCCGCUCGGAGCCUCCCCCCUGGCCCAUGGACGGGGCGCGGGGCUGCAAUGGGUACGCGCGGCAGGAGCGGCCGCCCCCCAUCCCCGCCGACAAGCCGCGGGUCCCCCCGGGCGGCGGUGGCGGGGAUGGGGAUGGGGAUGGGUGGCGGGGGGAGCGUCCCCGCAGCGAGGAGGACGACGAGCUGAGCCUGCCCGGGCUGGCGGCCGCCUACACCUCCAUCCUGCGGGGGCUGGGAGAGGACCCGCAGCGGCAGGGGCUGCUCAAGACGCCCUGGAGGGCGGCCACGGCCAUGCAGUUCUUCACCAAGGGAUACCAGGAGACCAUCGCGGAUGUUCUGAAUGACGCCAUCUUCGACGAAGACCACGACGAGAUGGUCAUUGUGAAGGACAUAGACAUGUUCUCGCUGUGUGAGCAUCACCUCGUUCCGUUUAUUGGAAAGGUGCACAUUGGCUAUCUCCCUAACAAACAAGUGCUUGGCCUCAGCAAACUUGCCAGGAUCGUGGAAAUAUACAGUAGAAGAUUACAAGUCCAGGAACGCCUUACCAAGCAAAUUGCAAUCGCCAUCACAGAAGCCUUACAGCCCGCGGGGGUCGGCGUGGUCGUGGAGGCCACGCACAUGUGUAUGGUCAUGCGUGGGGUACAGAAAAUGAACAGUAAAACAGUAACCAGCACGAUGCUGGGGGUAUUCCGGGAAGAUCCAAAGACCCGUGAAGAAUUCUUGACGCUCAUCAGGAGCUGAAACUGUGCCGCUCUCUGAACGCGCUCUGGAUUGCUCUGUCCCGUGUCACUGUCUGUUCUUGUCCCCACGUCCGACCUCCUAAACUAAAUCGUUGUGAAUUGUUGUCGUAGUCUUUGUGCAGUGAGAGACUCCCGGUGGCAAACGGGAAAGGUGUUGAUGAAGGGCAGUCCUCCUGGAUUUCCAGUGGUGCCAUGGAAUUACAAGCUACAAAUAAUGGGUUUGGAAACGCAUUUCCAUCCAUAGUGCAGAACGUCCCACUGCCAGGAGAGAAGUGGGGCUUGGUGGUGAAAUGGAUAUUUAUGAAAUAGUUGUGUUUGUUGGAAUAAAUGUGGAGCAGCACAGGAAACAACUGGAAGGCUCUGGAUCCUUGUAGGAUCAGGAUUGUCAUGAAUUAUCUCUGUUUUAUUGCAAGCCCUGCAGGGGCUGUUUCAGUACCUGGGUAUGUGUGUUAUACCUCUGAGAUGUUACCUCUGGUAUGUUUUAUAUUCUUGAUAGUAUUAACCUUCCUUUUUUGUGUAUUUUGUUUGUUUGAGAAAUUUAAACCCCGUUUUUCCUGUCCUCUGAACAUGCAGGGAAUUAACUUCUGGAUUAUUUGGGGCACAGUCUUGUAUCAGUACAAAGGAGGUUCAUGCACCUUUUCCUCUGUGCCUCACAAUGUGUGACCACUUGAACUGUCAGCUUCCUACUGUUUUUAAGGAAACUUUAACAGAGGAGAGGAAAAAAAACCCUUACAGAGUCUGUUUGCAAAGUGCUAAGGUAUCCAAAGAGGUUUUUAAUGAUACUCUUAACUUGAGCUUUCCUUCUUGGAUUUCUGUGGGUUAGGCUGAGAAGCCAAAACUAGUCUGAUUAACCUGAAAAGGAAGAUUUUGAGCUUUUCAGGACUUGUAUCCCAUAAACAUGGGACCAAAAGGUGAGCACAAAAAUCCUGUGCACAGCACCCGGUACCUCCCCUGCCUGCUGCCAGGUCGGGUCAUUCCAGGGCAGAGGAACCUGGAAUGACAACUCAUUUCGUUUUCGUAAGAGCAGCUGAGAGAGAAGCAUUCCCAGGGCCGUCAGAAUCCAUCAAACCGCAUUUUCUCCGCGGAUGGGGCAACCUCUGUGAUGUGGUCCAAAAAAACCCAGUUUUCAGUCAGCUGGACUGGGCUGAACUUCUGCUUUGUUACCGCUUUAAUGGGUGUUUUGUAACUCGUAAAUUGGGAAAAGAUGAGCAGCAAAUGAAAACCACCCUUCUCACCCCGAGCAAAGGGAGGCAAAGCUUGCAAAACAAAUGCCCACAGGUUCCCACAGCUCUGCUUGGCUGAAUAUUGAUCCAAGAUGUCCCGUACACAAACCCAAAAAGGCGGUUCCCCUGUCCGGCAAACUCCCGUCUUACCAACAUUCCUCCCUCUCCCUUGCUCCAACCCCAACGCUGGAAACAAAAUGAAAAUUGUGUCUGGUCACUUGGACCCUAAAGAACUUUUUCAAGGAGAACGAGCUCACGUGUUUUAAUUACAGUAAUUUUUACCUUGAUGACCUUCACUGGUCAUGUGGAGGAAAAAUCUUUUGUAACAUCCUCUGUCCUGGAUUCUGGAGGAUUAGGUGCUGUAACAGUGUUUGUCUGCUGGUAUAAACAAGCUCUGCUGCACUUUGACAGAACACACCCACUCUGUGGCAUUUGUUUUCCCGAAAUUGCCACUUUUCAGUUCACUAUUGUUCCAAAUAUCCAGCUGAAAAGCCUUAAGUCCUUCUUGCCUGAGGUUCGGAGUAAAACUCUCUUUUUAGCUCAACUGGAAGGAGACUUCGAGGACCAAAGGGCGCACACCAGUACAUUUGUUUCUCUUUCCCUGCCUUAGUUUGGAAAUGAGGUCUCUGUAAAACCCUCUUGCUCCUGAGGUACCGAAAAAGUUGCGUUUUAACCACUUAUCUCUAUUCAGGAUAAAGUUCACGUUGCACCACUGCUGUUUUUUUAUUUCCAUGUGACCCGUAGCCCUUAAAACUUACCUCUCUCUGCUCGUGGCCUUGGAUUUUGUUCACAUUUUUGCUGUUGUAAGACUGGGUAUUUUUGGGGAUGUUGGUGCCGUUCAAAUACAGGAGCUUUAACCACCCCCCCGGUGUGUAAAUAUGUAUAGGACACACAGACCACUUGUACUGCACACCAGUCCAUUGUCUCUGAACCAUUAAAGCACAGUGUUAUCCUUUGGA